GCUUCGCGUAUUAAACCGACCGCCUUCGUCAUGGAAGAGCUUUUACAUCACAAUUCUUUGCUUCUAUCGAAAAGGUAGUGCUUCGCUUCUUCUCGUCCACUAUCCAAAUCGGAAUAAGGACUAUGUCCAAGGUAGCCCCGUACGGUAGCUGGGUGAGCACAAUCACGCCAGACCUGUUUGCUAAGGGUAACUGCAAGGGUAUAGCCGAACUGCAAGCAACUGACGAUGGUGUCUUCUGGGUCGAACAAAGUGCAAGCACUGGUAAACGCGAAUUGUACUUUGAAUCUGCAAAGUCGGCAUCUGAAGGUCGCGUCAGAUGGGCACCGGAACAGUCUGUGCAAAAUAGUGUACACGAAUACGGUGGAGGCUCUUUCAUACCACUCAAGGAUGGCUCCAUAGUUUACACUACGGUUGAGGGAGUAUAUCAUCAGAAGCGCCCCGAUGCUGCCCCAAGGCAGUUAGCUGAUGCUAAUGAGAAGAAGCUCAGAUUUGCCGAUUUCACAGCUACUGAUACACAUAUUUAUUGUGUAAACGAGAGUCAUCUUCGCCCAAACGUAGAUCCAGAGAAUCGGUUGAUAUCUAUUAACAAGGAGACGAAGGAACAGAAAGUGGUGGCAAGCGGUGCAGAUUUCUACGCAUCUCCUCGCGUCUCGUCAGAUGGUAAGAGACUGGUAUGGAUGCAAUGGAAUCACGUUAACAUGCCUUGGGAUGAGACAUCUAUCCAUAUGGCUGUGUUGCAUAGUGACGGUACAGUAAGCGAUGAGGUUGUGAUCAAGGAUGGCACAGGGAAGAAGAUAAACUAUUACUGUCCGAAUUGGGUGGACGACAAAUUGCUCAUGAUUAAUGAUUCGACCAACUUCUGGAAUGUCUAUGAAGUUAGCCUUGUGGGACCAGAAUAUAAGGAGACUAAUCUGUUUCCUGUGGAUCGGGAAAUUGGCUACCCUCUUUGGCAGUUUGCUGAUCGACCGUACGCUUCAAAUGGGAAAUGCAUGGGAAGUGAUCUAGUGAAAAUAGUCAUUAAACCGAAAGUUCAAAUUUUAGGGCCGCGUAAAGCUUCAUGCAUAGUGAAAAUAGAUAUAUUUAAGGAGGACCAAAAACCUACAAUUAAUGUGAUACGCACCGCACGUGAUGACAAAGAUUUGGAGAGUCUGGAUAUCAGUGAACCGGAAGAUAUCGAGUUCCAAUCAGGCGAUGUUACUGUACAUGCUUGGCUUUAUAUGCCAAAGAACCGUAACUACGUGGCACCAGAAGGCACACUACCUCCUGUUCUUUUGGUAGGACAUGGCGGUCCUACCGGUAUCUCCACGGACGCUCUGGACCUCAAAAAACAGUUCUUCACCUCGCGUGGAUUUGCUGUGCUAGAUGUCAAUUAUAGAGGGUCUACUGGGUGCGGCACAGAAUUCAGGAAUAUGCUGAAAGGGCAAUGGGGUCUUGUUGACCGUGAUGAUAUGAUCGCUGCUGCUCAAUCAGUAAUUGCAAAAGGUCUGGUAGACACUGAGAAAGUGUGCAUCAAAGGAAGUUCAGCUGGAGGAUACCUCGUUCUAUCCUCUCUAUUACAUUCCGAUGUGUUCAAAGCUGCUGUUUCUAUAUAUGGUGUGGGAGAUCUUGUUGGACUUGCUAAGGAUACUCACAAAUUUGAACGCGGCUAUAAUGAGGUACUAAUAGGCAAGUAUCCAGAAGAUAAGGAAGUGUACGAGGCACGCAGUCCAAUCAACCAUAUCGAUCGGCUACGAACACCAAUUGCAUUCCUGCAUGGUAAAGAGGAUACGGUAGUGCCAGUAAGCCAAAGCGUCGAAAUGUACGAUAAACUACGAGAAAAAGGUGUCACAACAGCUUUGAUGCUAUUUGAUGACGAAGGACAUGGUUUUCGUGGGGCAGAUGCGGUGCGACGAAGCUCAGAGGCUUCCUACGUAUUUCUAUGCAAAGUACUCGGCAUAGAACCAUCCAUAUCAUCAGACAUCGAGAUUGUCAAUCUGCAAGCCUGAUUUGUCUUAAAUGAGGGGCUUUCAUCGUAUUUAUACACAACAAUUUACAAGUUGCUUAAGUCUGUUAUAAUCUGAUAAAAUUUAUCACAAGCUCGAAAA